UUUUAAUUAACUUAAAUGGCAUCUAGAAGAAUAUAUGCUAGCAUUUUUGUAGUUAUGAGCCUUGUAAGUCUGGGAUCGUCGGAGACUGGGAUUGGAACCAUCAAUAACCCUCCAUACUUACCCUCGGCUUGUUAUGGGUUCCAAGAUCAAGGAGUUAUGAUAGCAGCUGCGAAUCAAGAUUUAUGGCAAGGGGGAGCUGCUUGUGGGAAAUACUUCCAAGUGACAUGCACAGGUGCAACCAACCAAGGCGUACCACACCCUUGCACGGACACCCCCACAGUGACUGUGAUGAUCACCGAUUUCUGCCCGCCUCCUGGUUGCAAGGGCAACCUUGACUUGUCACACGAAGCCUUUUCAACCAUCGCUGAUCCAAGAGCCGGAGGAAUCAAAAUCUCUUACGAAGAGGUGUGAAGAAGAAGAAGUAUCACCAAAGUUGCAUUCCAUUCAAAGAUCUUUAAUAACUCUACUGACCGGGAUCGAGAGGCAAUUCCAUUCAUUUCAACUUCUAAUUGUCAUUUUGCUUUGAUAUUUAAUGUAUCUCUUCUUUAUGUUGUA